AUGGCACUCUCGAAAGAAUUCACACAUUCGUUUCUUUUUUUUCUUUCGAUUCAACAUUUUCGUUCUUUUUCUUUUUCCCCAUAUUAUUUCGUCCUUCGGAAAUUUCUUUCUUUCUUUUCUUUUUUCUUUUUUUUAAUUCGUUUUCUUUUUUCUUUCUUUCUUUUCUUUUUUCUUUUUUCUUUCUUUCUUUUUUCUUUCUUUCUUUUUUUAAUAAGCUUUAUUUCUUUCUUAAUUCACUUUCCACUUUUAAAUACGUCUAAGUCUGUUUUCUUUCUUUCUUUUUUUCUUUCUUUCUUUCUUUUGACAAUUAAAAAGCAGAUUAUUCAUGUUUGUUUCAGUGGCCUUUUUAAAAGAAAAUUCAUGUCGUCCCCUUUUGGGGGAUUUGACGCGAUUUUCCGUCCAAUUCUUUCUACCUAUUCUUUCUAUUCAAAUCCUCUCUUCUUUUUUCAUGUUUCAAGUUCUUCAUUCAUUUCUUUUCCAUUAUUCCCAGACCUCAUUCCUCCUCUCAAAAAUCGCGCACAUUUUAUCCCUUCGAAAUCUUUUUGA